AUGGAAGCACUCGUUAAACGUCGAGGUCAAUACAAAAGUAGAGUCACUACAUUCAAAACAUAUAUCGCUAAAGUUAUGCAUAGUUUUCCAGACCCCACACAGGCAUUAGAAGAUACACGUAGGUUAGAAAUUCAAGAACGUCUUACCGUUAUUCGAGAGGUGUACGAAAAGUACGAUGAAGUGCAGGCCAAUAUCGAUGAACUUACAAACGACGAAACAGACACGAGUCAAUACAGAGAAAGGUUCGAGGAGGAUUAUUUUAACGUUGUGGCACAUGCAGAAGAGUUACUUGCUCGUGGUAAGAUGACACAACAGCUUCUAGGUGCAGCGAUGAAUGAGUCAACACGAGGAUCACACGCACGGGUAACUGAUGAUACUGCCUUUAUUCCUAAUCUAUCGCGACAAGCUAAUCAAAAUAUUAUUUUCAAACCAACGGGCAUCAAAUUGCCUACAAUUGAAUUGCCAAAAUUUAAAGGUAAUGUAGAUGAAUGGCUCGGGUUCAGAGAUACGUUCGAAUCACUUAUACACACAAACGAAACAAUAGAUCCUAUACAAAAAUUCCAUUAUUUGAAGGCCUCGUUAGAAGGUGCAGCGUCUCAAAUCAUCAAAUCUCUCGAUUUUUCGGCUGCCAAUUAUGCUAUUGCUUGGGAAACUAUUUGCAAUCGUUUCGAUAACAAAAGUCUAUUAACGUACAAUCACAUAAAGGCUAUUUUUAGUAUAAAUUCAAUAAAAGAAGAGUCAGCAAUUCAAUUACGCAAUAUGAUAGACACAUUAAACAAACAUUUGCGAGCAUUAAAUGCAUUAGGGCAGUCAACCGAGCAUUGGGAUACAUUGCUAAUAUAUUUAACUUCGAGCAAGCUUGAUAGUAUAACAGCAAGAGAAUGGGAGAAAGAGCGAGUGGAUAAAGAGCUUCCUACAUUAGAAGAAUUCAAAGCUUUUCUUAGUUCAAGAGCGAAUCUGUUGGAUACAUUAGAAUUAAACAAAGGGGGCAUACACAAGUCAAAACACUCAGAUCACAUAAAGUCAAAAUCGUUUCUUAUUCAAAAGCAAGAAUGCGUAGUAUGCAAAGAAGCAUAUCACCUAUCAAGUUGUUCCAAGUUCUUGCAACUUACUCCGCAAAAGAGAGCAGAAGUUUUAAAAACAGCUAAAUUAUGUCUUAAUUGCAUGAAACCAGGUCAUUUUAUCAAGGUUUGCAAGGGCGGCACGUGUCGAAAGUGCUCCGGCAAGCACAAUACAUUAUUGCAUUUCGAAAAAGUCUCGUCUGAGUCAACAGGGAACACUGAAGAAACCAAUAGUUCUUCAUCAGUCUUGUGUUCACACAAUAGGGCAAGUGACUACCAUGUCAUUCUGUCAACAGCAACAAUAUUAGUGGAAGAUAGUCAAGGCAAGAAACACAAGUUGUCAUGUCUUGUUAUACCAGAAAUCACAGGCAAUUUACCUAGUAGCCAGGUAAAUGUACAGAAUCUCCAGAUUCCUUCAAACAUUGCUUUAGCUGAUCCUAAGUUUCAUAUACCUGCAAAGGUAGACAUGCUUAUAGGGGCGGAUUGGUUUUGGAAUCUCCUCUGUAUAGGCCAAUUCAAGCUCGGCAAAACACAAUUAACAAUGCAAAAGACAAGAUUAGGAUGGAUAGUUGCAGGUCCAUUGGCAAGUAGUAGCGCAACGUCAAUACGUUGUCAUUUGAGCAAAUCCAUGAACAUUGAAGAACAAGUGGCCAAGUUCUGGGAACUGGAAGAAUAUUCAAAUCAGAAAAUACUUUCUCAAGAAGAAAAGGAGUGUGAACUUCACUUCUCACAAACAAGCAAGCGUGAUGUAAAUGGUAGAUUUAUUGUUAGCAUUCCAUUUAAGGAAGAUCCAAGCAUUUUAGAUGAAUCAUACAAAGGAGCAUUACGACGUUUGAAUAGUCUAGAAAACAAAUUGCAAAGGAAUCCAACACUUAAAGAGCAAUAUACAGCAUUUCUUGAAGAAUAUGAAACAUUACAUCACAUGAGCAAGAUAGACAAUACUUCACAAGCAACAACCGCCUAUUACAUGCCACAUCAUGCGGUCAUCAGAAGUGAGAGCUUAACCACAAAAAUUCGUGUAGUCUUUGAUGCAUCAGCAACCACAGAUAAUGGUAUUUCAUUGAAUCACAUUCAAAUGGUCGGACCGACAUUACAAGAUGAUUUAUUUUCAAUACUUAUCAGAUUUAGAAGCCAUGCAUAUGUAGUAGCAGCAGAUAUCGAAAAAAUGUACAGACAAGUACGCAUCGCUCCAGAACAGCGCUCGUUACAAAGGAUAUUAUGGCGCAAAAAUCCCGAAGAUCCAAUAGAAGUGUUCGAGUUAAAUACAAUCACAUACGGCACUGCAUCAGCACCCUAUCUCGCAACGAAGUGCAUAAUAGAAUUAGCAAAGGAGACCGAACAAGAAUGGCCCGAAAUAGCAAAAAUCAUUCGACAAGAUUUUUACGUAGACGAUCUUUUGACCGGAGCAGAUUCGAGAGAGAAAACAAGAGAUAUAGUACAAAAGGUUUCGCACGUGCUAGAAUCAGCAGGAUUUAAGCUUCGGAAAUGGAUUUCAAAUGAGGCUACAGUCAUAGAAGAUAUACAAACAGAGAAACAAAAUUCAAUCGGAAUGGACUUUAAAUGUCUACAAACAAAGAUCCUUGGUUUAGUAUGGCAAGCUCAUCAAGAUGUGCUAGUUUACAACAUAAAGGAAUUACCUUCGCUAAAGGUAUCCAAAAGACAAAUACUGUCCGACACAACUCGUAUAUUCGAUCCGUUAGGAUACUUGAGUCCAUGUUUAGUAUUGGUGAAAAUUCUAAUACAGAAAUUGUGGAUGCACAAAUUGUCAUGGGAUGAAGCAAUUCCAUCAGAUUUGCAUUCAACUUGGAUAUCGUUUCGCAAUCAAAUAAACGCUCUGAAUCAAAUCAAGAUACCUAGGCAUGUGAUUUGCAAGAAUUACACAAGAAUCGAAUUACAUGGUUUUGCAGAUGCAGCACAAGGAGCAUAUGGAGCAUGCACAUAUAUUCGUUCAAUAGAUCAUCAAAAUACAAGUGAAGUAAGAUUGUUGUGCUCUAAGACAAGAGUCGCACCACUCAAACAACAAACAAUACCUCGACUGGAGCUUUGUGCGGCGCUUACACUCGCACGGUUAAUGAAAAAGAUACUAAGUUCAUUAAACAUAUCGUUUGACAAGAUUACAUACUGGAGUGAUUCCACCAUAGUACUCAAUUGGAUACAAACGCAACCAAGCAAGUUACAAGUAUUUGUAUCAAACCGUGUCGCAGAAAUACAAGAGUUAACUGAUACUCGCAACUGGAGACAUGUGCCAACAGCAGAAAACCCAGCCGAUUUACUUUCGCGAGGCGUAUUUCCCAAUCAAUUAUGGCAAUCGGAGCUUUGA